AUGUCCAAAACAAACAGGGCGUGCACGAAUUGCGUGCGGGCCAAGGCCAAAUGUUCGCCGAAUGUCAAUGGAACGGAGAAGUGCGAGCGAUGCCUCCGUCUGAAUAAAGAAUGCAUUCCCUCCGCUCCGAUGCGCAAACGCCGGCCAGGAUCGAGCGUGGCGGCUGGCAAAGUGCAGGCGCUGGAAGCCAAGCUGGACAGUCUUGCUUCCUUGUUACAGACACAGACGCUACACACAUUACCACAAGCCCUGCAAACGCCAGCUUCGACAUCAUCGCAGCCAACUGGACAGCCUGGACAACCGGCGGAGUCUGCAGACCAGACACUCGCCCUUUUCAACCGACUGUUUCUCUUCUUUUUCCCCCUUGUGAGACUGGAAAAUACAACUGCUGCCCAGCUCCAGCAAGAACGACCGCUGUUAUGGGCCGCCAUCUCGGCCGUGGCGACCCCCUGCGUUGCUCGCCAGAGGAGUUUGUCCCUGCAGAUGCGCGAGGUGAUUGCGCGCGAGGCAUACGUCAAGGGGACCUGCAGUCUGGACUUUUUCAACGCCGUGACAGUGUUUGCCGUUUGGGACCGCCAUCGCAACCACAACGACGCUCUUCUGACGAAUCUGAUGCAACAGGCAGUAGCCAGCAUCUAUGAACUCGGCCUCCAUGAACCUCCACCCAGUGAUCCAGGUCUGAUCCUCUCGUAUGAUAUCAAGGGGAUCCCUCGGCCGUCGCGGAUGACAAGGGCAGAGACCGUUGAAGAGAGACGGGCCUUGCUGUCGUGUUAUCUGUUGAGUGGUAGGAAUCAAAGUCUCCGGUGGACUGCAUAUUUCGAUGAAUGUCUGGCCGUGCUGGAAGGAAAUGAAGACGACCUCCUUCUCUGCCAACUGGUGAGACUACGUCUCCUUGCCGAGACCGCACACACAGCCUGGUCCGGCGUGAAGCACACAAGUGAUCUGUCCUCUGCGAUGCUGCAUCUCCGCUCGCUCAAACACCAGCUGCAAGUCUUCCGUGACAAUAUCCCGCCCCAGCUGUUGCAGAACAAGCCUCUUCUGCUUCAGCUGCACGAUACGGAGGUGACUGUGCACGAGAUAGGCCUGCGCGAGAUCUUCUCGCCGGGCACGACGGGCCCGCGCGUCGCCAUUCUGUUGGAGCUGAUGCAGGCCGCCCAUCGCUGGGCAGACGUGUUCCUGACGCUGCAGCCCGCCGAGCUGUACGGAAUGCCCUUUUCCGCGUUGGGGCAGAUGAAUCGCUGUCUCGUCGUGGGGUUUCGGCUGAAUGCGAUCGACUGGCCGGGCUGGGACCGCAACCUCUUUCGUGAGCAGCUGGACGUGCCGCGCGCCUUUGACCACAUCAUGACCGCGUUCGGGCGGGUCAAGGACGAGGUCCCGCUCGACACGCAGCUCGAGAUGGAUGUCUUCAGUGUGUUGGCGGCCAAGAUGACGGCCAAGCAGCCCAACUGGGAGGCAGAGCUGGGCUAUCUGCCUUCUUUUUGGGAUUUUUCGUUUGACGAGCUCACCAUGGAGAUGUUCUAA